GGUCUACAUAGGUAAAUGUGGAGUAGUGAGUGUACACUGUACAGUGUGUUACAACUACAGUUACAACUUGCAGGCGAAUGUCUUUAGUAUUGUAUAAUACUGAAAUGUCUAGAACCGUAGACAGUCGCUAGUCACUAUUUUUCUUUUUUUUUAAUCUUACGCCCCUGCGUAGUCGUUUUAAAGUGUACGACCAAGUGCAAGUUCUCAAAAUGAGCAUUUUCAGCGGUGUCCAAGAGGCGCAGCCCAUUGAAGUUUUUCACUUGACAAAAUUAUUCACUGAAGACUGCUAUCCGCAAAAAGUAAACCUAACAGUUGGGGCAUACAGGACCGAAGAAGGCAAGCCGUAUUAUUUUCCAGUCGUGAAAAAAGCUGAAGCCAUAUUGUUGCAGAGCACAGUGAACCAUGAAUAUUUACCCAUAUUGGGUUUGGAAUCGUUUACUAAAGCUGCGUCUACAUUGUUGUUAGGUGACAUCAGUAAACAGUUGGAGGAAGGCACCGUUUUUGGUGUUCAAGCUUUAAGCGGAUCUGGAGCUCUAAGAGUUGGUGCAGAAUUUUUAGUAAAACAUAUGAAUUGUACCACAUUCUAUUAUUCAACGCCAACUUGGGAAAAUCAUCAUUUGAUAUUUAUGUCCAGUGGAUUUAAAGAAGCGAGAAAAUAUCGUUACUGGGAUGAAAUUACAAAAUCUAUAAACACUGAAGCACUCUAUGAUGACUUAAGGAAUGCACCAGAACACUCGGUUAUCAUACUGCACGGUUGUGCACAUAAUCCCACAGGCCUUGAUCCAACUAAAGACCAGUGGAAAAAAAUUGCAGAGAUAAUGAAGGAACGAAAAUUAAUACCAUUCUUUGAUAAUGCCUAUCAAGGAUUCGCAUCAGGCAAUGUUGAAGAAGAUGCGUGGUCAGUUCGUUAUUUUCUCAGUCAAGGAUUCGAAUUUGUGUGCUCCCAGUCUUUUGCUAAAAAUUUUGGUUUAUACAAUGAACGAGUAGGUAACUUGACUUUUGUUAUGAAUUCUGGAGAAUAUGCCAAAACGGUAAAAUCACAAGUGACCAUGAUUGUAAGAGGGAUGUAUUCAAACCCACCAAAUCACGGUGCACGUGUUGUCAGUAUUAUAUUAAACGACAGUGAGCUGAAAAAUGAAUGGUUAACUACUUUAAAAACAAUGACAAGUAGAAUAAAAGAGAUGAGAGCUGCAUUGAGAGAAAACUUGGAGAAACUUAACGCACCCGGAAAAUGGAAUCAUAUUACUGAUCAAAUUGGAAUGUUUUCUUAUACAGGAUUGACAGCUAGUCAAGCAGAUUAUUUACGCAGUAAAUACCACAUUUAUUGCUUGCGGUCAGGACGAAUCAACGUCUGUGGGUUGAACCUAAAUAACAUAAAUUAUGUCGCUGAAGCGAUAAAUGAUGCUUUAAAAAAUUAGUCAAAUAAAUAAAAACUGUUUGCGACUUUAUCAAUAUGCAGCUGACAUUUUUGUUUUGUUAUUACUUAUAUUAGUUUUGUUAUUGUUUUCUACACAAUUUGAAAGUGAUAAUUUAUUCUCAUGUGAUUAAAUAGAUACCUUGUAUACUUUUUAAUUAUAUUAUAAUUUAUAAUAACCUAAUGGUUUGUGGUUUUGUUGUGAAGCUAAAAGAUUAAAAUUAUAGCAAAAAUA